AUGUCUUCCAUCCAAUCCUCAUCGCAGCCUCGUCGCAACCUUGCCCUACCCAAGCAACCUGAAAACCCUCAAAGCAGCAACUGCGUCCGACGGGAACAGGCCUCUUACCGCCCCUCAUCAGUUCGCGCCCAGCGACCACGCAUCUCACCUCGAGCUUCCGUCUCCCAACAGCAAACCACCACUAGAUCACCUCUAAAUUUGCAUGCUCGUGUUGCCUUAUCACCUUGCCUAUCAUCGCCCUCCAAAAUCAAAUGUUCAAUCUCCAGAUUGGACUCCGGCGGAUGCGCAAAGAUGCUUCAAAAAGUCCAAUCGCGUCCGUUUGCAAGUGAGCAAGAGGAACAGGUCAAGGAGAUCACGAGCAUGAAGGCCGAGAAGAAAGAGUACAUCUUAUCCCCCUCGUGGUGUUCACCCAACAUUCGCAACGCGGCCUCCAAAUACAAAGUCUCAAGAAGCAGCAACAAUCAGCAACCGGAACGUGAUUUUCUAUCGGUAUUCCUCAACAACAAUGGCGGCUACUUGGACGAUAGCGAUGAUGAGGAAGACGAUGAAGAUGACGAACCUGCAGUCAAACCAGUCCGAGCAACCGUCGCGUUCCUCAGAAGGAUCCCUUCGGUCUUCGACUCACGCGCUUCAAGCUCACUCUCAGCAGGCUCUUCUUCCCCCAACAAUCUCCCAUCUUCCGCCAGCUCCAUCCGAACCAGCUCAGAUUCCACCCCCAGCUUUGCCCCCAUCUCGCGUCAUCAGUACUACUGGGAACGAGUCCAACCCACUCAGCCCCCAGCCCCGUCAACUUCCAAAGACACGCCGCCCCCAUCCAUCUCAAAAUCAAAAAAGAACAAAAAAUCUAAAGCAAACAUCCUUCAACCCGCUCCAAUCGAUCCUACAGCCUCUACAGAAACCGACAGCCUGAUCCUCAAGCCACCGUCCAGUAACAAGAAAAUCCACGGCUCACAAAGAGCCAAGAAAAAUCGGAAUCAGCCUUCGAGUCAUCCGAUCAAGUCCUUCUUCAAGUCGAUCGUCGGACUCAGCACCAGUAACACCUCAGCCAACAAGUUCACGCUAUUGGUUAACACGAUCAUGACCCUGUUCUGUUUCGAUGCCACAUUCCGAACGACUGUCUUUGACGGACAGGAGGACUUGAGCUUCAGUCGAGUGGGCGCGGUCGGAGAGACUUGGGUGAAAGUCCAUGCGAGAAUCCCCCCGAUCACCACCCAUCCAUCGAGUCCAGAAGAAGAGGUCCAGGAACCUGCUCCCGUUGGCGCGCAGCUCGUGUAUCGGCCUAUGAAACCUAUCGGCAAUUGGAUCAUGGGGCCUACCUUGAUCCCCACUAACCGGACCGAUUGGAACACGAUCGGAAAAAUCGAGAACCUCAUCCCCGGUAACGCGUAUGAAUAUCGAUUGAACUUAUUGGAGUCAGUCAAGGAACCGCAUCCGUUCUUCGACGCUGUCGGGCAUUUUCAAACUGCGCCUGAUUCGAGCAACUUAUCGAACCCCAAAGCCGAUGGCGGCUCCUUUACAUUUGCCUACAGUAGCUGCAUCAAACCCGGCUUUCCAUACAAUCCUUUCCGGAACCAGCUGCAUAAUGAUGGCGCAGAACAGCUCGCAGAAAUGGCGCGCAAACUCAAGCUCGACUUCGUCCUCUUCUUGGGCGACUUCAUCUACAUCGACUCCCCGAUCUACCUCGGUAACUCUAUUCAUCACUAUUGGCGGAAGUAUCGCCAAAGCUUUUCGACCCCUGGCUGGAGAAAGCUCAUCCAAUUUACCAGGACUAUUCAUAUUUAUGACGAUCAUGAGAUAUACAACGAUUGGGCCGGAAACGGGAACGACACGAACGAGAUCUUCGAGCCGGCGAACAAAGCCUACCGGGAUUAUCUGGGCGAAGGUAACUUUGACGGGCCGGGCAAGGGAGAAAAUUAUUACUGGUUUCGGUACGGAGAUGCGGCGUUUUUCGUCUGGGAUUGUCGACGAUAUCGCAGCUCGAACGAGCAGCUCGAUGACCAGUUCAAGACGAUGUUGGGCCACGAACAGAAGCAGGUUUUCUUGUCUUGGUUGGAUGCCGUUAAUACGACGGUGACCUUCAAAUUCGUCGUCUCUUCUACCCCCUUCAUGAGUCUGUGGCUCGGCCCUGACGGCGGGGUAGACACGUGGGCAGGAUUCUUAACGGAACGAAGCGAGCUCAUGGACGUGAUGCAAUUCGUCCCCAAUUUGAUUGUCUUGUCUGGGGAUCGACAUGAAUUCGCGGCCGCCAGUAUCAGAGAAACAGUUGUCGAAUUCUCCACUUCUCCGCUCAAUCAAUUCUGGUUACCUGUGCGCACCCUAAGUCAAGAGAACGGUUUAGGCAAGACAGGCGAAGAUAAGCUAUUGAAAUAUAUUCCGAAUGGGAUCCAUAAGUUUUCAACGCUGAAUGUCGAUUGUCGGGAUCCGAAGAAACCGGUCGUCAAUUUUCAGUUGUACAUUGACGACGAACUGAGUUGGGAGUUGAAGUAUGAAGGAAAGCCAGUGAAGGAGGAGCCCAAGCAGCUAGGCCAACUGUUGCCGACAUGGGAUCAGUUCCUCAACCUGAUCAAACGGCCCAUCCGGUGGUUCUCCGACUCCGAUGCUCGGCCUCCUUCGUUGACACCCUCGUUCCCAGACGAACCUACUUCUGAACCGCUCCUUGAAGCUUCAUCUGAGGACCAUGAACCACACCAACCUCCUGAAAAUCUCCCCAGACCUAUCGACGACGAGCUUUGA